GGAGCAAAGCUUUCACUCGAACUCCACUUAGUGCUGCGACUGCUUGCGUUUUCCUUCGACGCUCUUCUUCCUCUUCUCCCUUUUUUUCCAUCGUGCGGUGCCUCGUAAACCCACUUCAUUGCGUACAAAAUGACUAACAUGUCCUCAGGCUCAAAGCGUAUUCGGGAAGACGGUGGUGAAAUCCGAGAGCACAAGAGACCUCGAGAAGAUGCUAGGGAUUGGAGGGACGUACAUCUCAGAUCAACCUCAUCAAAGAAGCCCAUCAGCAGGAAAGAUAGUUACGAUAGGAGGGACCACUACGAGUCAGACAGAAGCAGAAGAGACAGAGAUGAAGGACGGCACAGACAAGGGAGUCAUAGGGCGGACAGUCGGGAACCCAGGGAAGACUAUUCACCGAGAAGACAUGGACGUUCCCCUCGGAGGCACGGGUAUUCUCCAAGAAGACACUCGACUACCAGAACCACGUCUCAUAUGUCUUCCGCGGCACACAACGGCGAGGAGAAAGAAGAAGGCGAGAUAUCACCUCGACCUAGCCCCCGUGUAAAAACGCAAGCGCUUCCUCCAAAUGAUCCAAAACCCAUCAACGAACCCCUACCAGAAAUGGAGCUCGACACUGUACCAUCUCCGCCCUCUGUUGAAGAGACACUAGCUAGUAGACGUGCGAGACGGCAGGCGAUUUUGGCAAAGUAUACUGGUAUUGCGAGUGCCAGCGAUAGUGUCAGUCAGCCGUCUGGACAAAAUAGUGCGACCCAGGAGCAUCCUCCUUCCACAUUUUCUAACAAAGAUUCGAACAUUAAUAGACCCCAAGGGCAAGGAACUAAUGGUACUAUUUCCCAAAGAGUCUCGUUAUCGCCUUCUCCUGCAGUUGGAGAUGAUUUUACCCUUGCCAAGAAUGACGAAGAUAAGUCUUCUGAUAUGAAACGGCAUGUGGAAGAAAUCUCGAAGACGGACCGUGAUCAAGUCUCAGCCGCAGAUUACGACCCCAGUCUCGACCGUCGCGAAGAUGAACACAAGCGCAUCAAUGCCCCCGUGAAAGUUGAACCUGACGUUGAGGAGAUCGAAGUAGCAGAAGAGGACGAGGACGAGGAUGACCUGGACGACAUGUUCGCCGUUGCGACCGCUCCCAAAAAGCCCAAAGCUCGCAAGGUCAAGAAAGUCAUGAAACCCUCUGCACCCGCAUUGAUCACAACGACCACAGAUUCCGCUGCUGACGCUGAAGGAUAUUAUUCCAUCAUUCUCGGCGAGCAAUUGGACGGAGGACGGUAUCAAGUAUUCUCAUCGCUUGGCAAGGGGAUGUUUGCCAACGUUGUCCGAGCACGAGUACUACAACCAGAGCCAGAUGAGCCUAUAGGACGCGAGGUGGCCAUCAAGAUCGUGCGCUGCCAGGAGUCUAUGUACAAAGCAGGUCUCAAAGAGGUCCAGAUGCUUAACAAGCUUAAACAAGCUGAUCCUGAAGACAAAAAACACAUCGUUAGGCUGGAGCGGACUUUUGAACAUCGCGGGCAUCUUUGUCUGGUGUUUGAAAGUUUGAGUAUGAACCUACGCGACGUCGUAAAACGAUUCGGUAAAGAUGUUGGUCUGAACAUAAAGGCGGUCCGCGCAUAUGCCCAUCAACUUUUUUUGGCCCUUAGUUUAUUCAGAAAGGUUGGGGUGAUGCAUGCCGACAUUAAGCCAGAUAAUAUCUUGGUGAAUGAACAGAAAACGCUUCUUAAGUUGUGUGAUCUCGGUUCCGCAUCGGAUGCCUCUGAGAAUGGAAUAACACCAUAUCUGGUCAGUCGAUUCUAUCGUGCUCCUGAAAUCAUUCUCGGUGUCCCAUAUGACCCCGCACUUGAUAUUUGGUCCAUGGGAUGUACACUUUAUGAGCUCUACACGGGCAAGAUUCUCUUUCCUGGACGAUCCAACAACCAGAUGCUUCUUUUAAUGAUGGAGCUAAAAGGUCGUUUCAACGGGAAGAUGAUCAAGAAGGCCAAGUUUGGUGAUGGUUAUUUCGACGAACUCGGUGCUUUUAACAGCGUCGAGAGGGACCGGGUUACAGGGACGGAUGUCAUCAAGAAAGUACACGUCUCAAAACCCAGUCGAGAUCUACGCUCGCGUGUAAUGCCCCCCGCCUCUGUGAAGAUGAAGGAUGACGAGAAUAAAUUGCUCCUUUCUUUCAUUGACUUGCUUGACAGAUGCCUUGCUCUUGACCCUGCUAGACGAAUUACACCUAAAGAGGCACUGGCACACCCUUUUAUACGGGGAUGACGAUGGAUGUUGGAUGUACUUAUGUUUCUCUCUUUUCCUCGCUUUUGUAUCAAGGCCAUUACGGUGGCGUGUAGUGUUAAAAUGAGAUCCGAAAGUCAGACCGUG